CCGACCCCGGGGACACCGAAGGCAAUGCACAAAGACAGCAAAAAGCAGCCGGGCGGCGUGGAAAGAGCUGCGGCGGAGAUGAAAAAAGCAGACGGCGAGAAGAGGACGCGGCGGGGCUGGGCGCUGAGCGAGAGACUAGCCAUCAACGUCUCUGGGAUGCGCUACGAAACCCAACUUCGCACCUUAGCCCAGUUCCCGGACUCCCUGCUGGGCGACCCCCAGAGAAGGUGGCCCUACUUUGACCCCGUGCGAAAGGAGCUCUUCUUGGACCGCAACCGGGCCUGCUUUGACGCCAUCCUCUACUUUUACCAGUCAGGCGGCAGACUUCGGAGGCCCGCCAACAUCCCCCUGGACAUCUUCAUGGACGAGCUGCGCUUCUACGAGCUGGGAGAGGACGUCGUGAACCGCUUCAAGGACGACGAAGGCUUUUCCAAAGAGGAAGAGAGGCCCUUGCCCUCCAAUCCAAUGCAGAAAAAACUGUGGAUGCUGUUUGAGCACCCGGAGUCGUCGUCGGCCGCUCGCAUCGUCGCCAUCGUCAGCGUGGUGGUCAUCGUGGUGUCCAUCCUCAUCUUCUGCCUGGAGACGCUGCCGGACUUCCGCCUUGAGAAAGAGACGACGCAGGACUACUUUCCCAGGCACCGCCCCCAAGGAAAGAACACGUCGGGCACGGCGGCGCCGCCGCCCCACGUCUUCCACGACCCCUUCUUCGUGGUGGAAACCGUGUGCAUCUUCUGGUUCUCCUUUGAGCUCAUCGUGCGCUUCGCCUGCUGUCCCAGCAAGAUGGGCUUCUUCAAAGACGUGAUGAACAUCAUCGACUUUAGCGCCAUUUUGCCCUAUUUCGUCACUCUGGGGACGGAGCUGGCCAAGGAAAGCGAAAGCAGCCCGGCCACCUCCUUGGCCAUCAUCCGAGUCAUCCGGCUGGUGCGCGUCUUCCGCAUCUUCAAGCUGUCUCGUCACUCCAAAGGUCUCCAGAUCCUGGGUCAAACGCUGAGGGCCAGCAUGCGCGAGCUGGGCCUGCUCAUUUUUUUCCUUUUCAUCGGCGUCAUCCUUUUCUCCAGCGCCAUCUACUUCGCCGAGGCCGACCACGACGACACGGCCUUCGUCAGCAUACCGCACGCUUUCUGGUGGGCUGUGGUCACCAUGACCACGGUGGGCUACGGAGACAUGCACCCGGAGACGGUGUGGGGCAAACUGGUGGGCUCCAUGUGCGCCAUCGCCGGCGUGCUCACCAUUUCGCUACCGGUGCCCGUCAUCGUGUCCAACUUCAGCUACUUCUACCGCCGGGAGACGGAAUGCGAGGAUCGAUCCCAUUACGAGCGUAUCGCCAGCUUGCCUCGGGAGGACGAGGACCCGGGGGGGGAAGAGGCGCAAGAGGGCAACCUGGAUCCCGAGGGGGAUUAUUAUGCUGUCGGGGGCGCCUAUGAUCAUCUCAAUGGGACUCUGAUGGGUGACGAGGGGCGGAGUGCUGAAUUCGAAGGAAAUGCGCAUCCGAGGGAACCGCUGGUCACCCAGGUGUGAAAAGGAGGUUCUUCCAGACAUCUCCUCCACCCCUCAAAAA